GUUAUCCUUGAAUUCUAUGAGAGCAGGUGCCCGGAGGAGUUCGUGGCUUGUCGGCUUUGCGUUGGGUGAAUCGAUGUCGGUGACCAUGGCCUGCGGGAAGCGUCUCUGGACUCUGGCCGUUCUAUGCGCCUUGCUAUGCCUCUGCCCGACGAUGGAACUGCACACGACGUCCCCUUCGUCGACUCCUGCUCCGUCAUGUUCUGAAUUUACUGGAAUGAAAUGUGAAGCGUGUAUAAAAAAUACUGCAUGCCUUUGGUGCAGUGACAAUUCUACUUGUAUGGAUUAUCCUGUAAACAAAAUAAUGCCACCAUCAUCGUUGUGUUCACUUACAAAGUCUUACUGGGGAAUAUGUUGGGCAAGUUUGGAAGCAAUCAUUAUCACUAUAGCUGUUGUAGUUGGCAUUAUUCUGGUGUUCAUAAUUUGUUGCUGCUGUUAUUGCUACCGCAGAUGUCGCCAGCGUUCCGAAAGGAGAGCAGCCGCUGAAGAAGAAGAAACAUUUAUUGGUGAUCGGGAAGAAAAACAACUGCAACAUGCUCAACGGAAACAUGAAAGAAAAGUGAAAUGUGAUGAACUACGCAGAAAAUAUGGUCUGCUCCAGGAUUCCGACCAUCCCUAUAGUAGAUAUGAAAACGAAUGAAAAAUAGUACUACUGCCUUAAAACAAUAUGUUGAUGUUUUCAUUGCACCAAAUUUGUACAUAAAUAUUCAAUAGAACUUAAUUUUAUUUUGCUUUUUUCUUCUUCUUUUUGGAAACCAACAGUAUUAUAUUUGCCUCUAAUGAUUCUAGUAUAAAAAGCCUCAGGGGUUUCUUUUUCCCCUAUAGAAAAAAGAAAAAUUAGAGUGGUGCAAGUUUGAGGUGGAGAAACAGAUUUUUUUUUCUUAAAACAUCACAGACUUGGUGGGGGGGACCCAAUACUGUCAUCUUUUCCAUGCUGCUAAAUAAAGAGACUCUUUAAAUCUGCGUCAAGUAGGUGUUGGCAAGUAUUUGACACUGCAGAGGUGAGGUAUCACAUAAUCAUAGCUUACACCACCUUCAUGUUAAUAGAAUACAAAGGGUGUAAGUGAAAGAAACUAUCACUAGGCAGUGAUCUUAACUGAAUGAAUGUGAUCUGGUGUUGCUGGCUAGCCAGUAACUUCAGCACCAUCAGAUUCUUGAAUAUGGCCUCUUAAUCACUGCAGCCUGCCACAGCUCAAGUUCUUGAAAUCUGCUUUUUCCAGUCUUUAAACAUCCUGAUUGCAAUUGGUUAUAUCAUCCCUGAUCCUUUGUACUUAAGGAGAGACCACCUAAAUGAACACUUGACUUUAAAAAAAAAAGAAAAUUUAAGAUGAUGGUAAAAAUCUGCAGUAUUAUAUCAAAAAUCUGGCUCUCCAUGCAUGUAUUAACAGCUUUCCAUUUUGAUCUCUACAUUCGUAGAUUGUGUUGAAAAGUCUUGUUCUUGAUUCAUUCCUCAAGCAAUUGCCUAUCCGCUUUUUCUAAUAAUGUGCAAGAACUCUUAUUUACUUUUUUCUAAUGUAAAAACUUUUGGUAUGUAUUUCUGUCUGUAUAUAAUCAUUCCUAACAUCUAUCAAAGCAGAUAUUUCCAAGAUAUUGUUACUGUAUAAUUAAAAUAAAAGCACUAAAUGGUGGCUGUUCACUGCACUGAGCUUCUUCAGAGUUUUUCAGACCAACUAUGUAUUUUGUGUGGAUCAUGUAGAUAACCUUCACCAGGGUCAGUCUCUUUGCUUUUAGCAUCAGUUAAGUUGGUAUGGACAUAUGCAUCCAGGUACACUCAAAAGUACACUUUCCUUUUUACAUCCUAAGCACAGCAGAGCUGCUUUAUUUACAUAUUCAUAGUUAAAACUGUUUUUCUUCUUAAACAGGGAAGAAAGAUCUAAUAAAGACUGAAAUUGCUUCAUAGUGGACAUUGCAUAGCAAUUUGAAAAUGGUGGGAAAUAGGGGGGAUUCAGAAGAAUACUUUCUUUUUCAGAAGAACAUGCUGUUAACAUUCUGGGUAACAUUCCUCUUCUGUAUUCGACAAACAUACAUGCCUUGUCAUGUCAUCAUGCAGCUGAAGUUCCCUAAACAAAACUCUGAAAGCUAGGGCUCAUUAAUCUUAUAUUCAUUAUGAAGUUGUGAUUUUCAGGAAUAGCUCACCACAGUUUUCCCAUAUCAAAUUUGCUUUGCAGAGUUGAUGUUCUUUCAGAAAUAGUGUGAAAAGGGGGAUGUUGAGCCAAAGGAAGAACAGUCUUGUUAAUUGAAGCUUUCACCCAAUCAAAUACAAUGUAAAGCUAUCAGUGAGACUUAAUGGAUCAAUUGGUAGUUCCACCUGGAUGCAACAUCUUGAGCUAGAGCAAUAGACAUUUACUACUUUAUAAACUUUUUUUUUAAAAAAAAAAUUCAAGUAGAGAGAUAUCAACCCAAAUUGCUUAUAAAGCCAUUUGAAAUAAUGUGCCCGGUUUAUCUUUCACCUUCUUUAAACCAGAUUCGUGAUUUUUGAGAACUUACAGUUUGGAUACUAUUUCUGUAGUGAGUUCUCACUGAAGAUAUCUUGUGAAGGUGGAAG